CCUUCAAUAAUACGGAUCGUUCGUUUGAUCAAAUCGAUCGAGUUUACACGUGGAAAAACUUCGUUGAUAAAUCGUCGUCUUGACAUGACCAAAUCAUCGAUCGAUGAUGUAAUCGCGUAAAGCGUACACCAAGGAUGGAGAACAACAACCAUUCGCAAGCGUCAAGUUCGCCGCUGGCGAAAAAGAAAGUACAAAUCGACAGGAUCAUCGAUAUGCAAGAUGUAACGGUAUCCACACCGAGUACACCGAAACGUACGACCGUGACAUCUUUACUUUUAACACGAUGGUUGGCAUCGAAGAGUCCCUCACGUGCAGAACCAGAAACCAAUUGGUCGUCGGAUGACCAUACUUUGGAAUACGGGACACCGCCUCCUAUAGAAGAACCGCAUUGUUACUCCGUUUGCGACGGCGAAAGCUCCUGCACCGAAGAAAUCAACUGCACGCUGCAGGUCAACAAAGACGUGAUUAAGAAUCUCUUGGUAGAGCACAUGAGACACAUCGGUGGACGAUUGCAACUUCUCGACGAUCUAGAAGCGAACAAGAUAGACCUAGAGAAUCGCGAGCGUUUCGUCAAGUUGUACAAGCAACAUGAGAUAAACGCGUUGCUACUUUACGCCAGUUUCCUUGGUCGAGUGGACAUUGUCACCAGUCUGCAUAUGUGCGGAGCGGAUCUGAACCACUCGGAACAAGGGCAAGGCCUAACUCCGUUGCACUUGUGUGCGUUUAGCAAUUGUUUAGACGGUGUGCAAUAUUUGCUAUCCAACGGGGCUAACAUUCAUUUGAGACGAACUCAUACACCCUUUCAUUACGCUGCUUUCGGGAAUGCUUUCAAAGUAGCCCAGUAUUUCCUUCAGUUAGGUAUCAGUCAAGAGUCUUCCUGCGGGGAGGAGACGGUUCUGCAUUCCGCGGCUAGAUCGAAUGCUUUGAACGUGUUAAAGUUGCUAGCAGUUCAUAAUUCUACUUUGAAUCAUUUAGAUUCUAACGGAUACGCCGCUAUUCAUCACGUCGCGGAUAGGGGAGAUCCAGCUUGUUUGAAAGCGCUUUUAGACGCAGGUUGUGACUUAGAUCUGAUGACGAAGAAGGGUGACACCGCUUUGCAUCUCGCCGCGGAAGCUAGUUGCGUGGAAAAUGUCGAUUUACUCGUGGAGAGAGGUGCUAACGUUCAUUUGAAGAAUCACAGAGAUCAAACAGCUUUGCAUAUAGCUUCUCGUUCUCAUUCGUUGGAAUGUGUAGAGAUAUUGCUGAAGAAAGGUGGUUGCGAUCCUAACAUCGAGGACAGCGACGGAAGAACACCUUUGCACCUCGCUUUAGGGAGAUCCCUGCUGGCCUACGACGUGACGGAAUUUCUCAUCACGUGGAAGGCGAACGUGAACAAAGCUGAGAAAUACGGUUACACGCCGCUUCAUAUCGCUGCUCUGAACGAAUUGUCUCAGUGCGUAGACAUUCUGAUUCAGCACGGCGCUAAUCUGAGCUCCAGGACGAAAGGAGGUACCAGCGCGCUGUCUAUAAUCUUACGUAAAACACCAACAUCGUUGAACGUUUUCAAACAGAAAUUAGACGCCUCGAUAACGCUUCACCAGCAUGGAUCAGCUACCGGAGAGGUGGAGCUACGCCUCGACUUUCAUCCUUUGCUAAUGCAUCAGCAGCAAGGCGAGAUAAGAUAUCUAGGCACCUUCGUGAAAGAAGGAUACAAGGAGAUCCUGGAACACCCGCUCUGCCAGGCGUUCAUUCAUCUGAAAUGGCAAAAGAUACGGAAGUAUUACGUGGGCAGGCUAGUCUUCUACCUGUUUUACGUUCUCAUACUAACAGGCUGGGUAAUGACUGCUCUGGCGCAUAACUGUUACAACGAGUCACACGGCCAAUUAGACAACACUCAGCCACCAUUAUGUGCAAAUACCAGCGGUAUCAAUGGUUUUCUUUAUAGACAUCCCGCGUUACUCGAGGUGGAAUGGUACGCGCUGAUGGUGCUCACGAUCCUCGAAGCUGUCCGCAAAUUGACCAGUAUCCCGACCUAUCUCUCCGUCCGACAAUUCUUCACCCAGGCCGAGAACAUGGUGGAAUGGUGCGUAAUCCUAAGCGUGUUCGCCACUUCGUUCAUCUACACCGGUAGAACGUACGCGUGGCAGAGUCACGUAGGAGCAUUCGCGGUUCUCUGCGGCUGGAGCAAUCUUAUGCUAAUGAUAGGACAAUUGCCGAUAUUCGGAGCAUACGUAGCGAUGUUCACCAGUGUUCAAGCGCAAGUAUUCAAACUUCUGUUAGCCUACGCCUGUCUUCUGGUGGGCUUCACUGCUAGCUUCUGCGUGAUAUUUCCACGCUCGAAAUCCUUCAGCAGCCCGCACAUAGGUCUGAUCAAAGUUCUCGUCAUGAUGACCGGAGAAUUGAACUUUGAGGAUCUGUUCUUUCCUCGAGAAGAGGACGGGAAAUCGACGGAUUCAGGCGGUACCUCGUGGAUCUUGCUUCAAGUGUCCGCUCAAUUAUCGUUCGUGUUGUUCCUCCUGUUCGUCACCAUAGUAUUAAUGAAUCUUUUGGUGGGCAUUGCAGUUCACGAUAUCAAAGGGCUACAAAAAACAGCUGGACUAGCAAAACUCGUUCGCCAGACGAAGCUCAUUUGCGACGUCGAGACCGCUCUUUCGCCUUUAAGAGCUGUUCUAACCGUACGUCCGUUGAAUCCACGAGAGACUAGGCUACCUCGUGAUUUAUUGGCUGCCGCGCACAAGGUCGCGAAAGAUCGUAAAAAUAUGUCUGGCACGUUGUGCAGCAGAAAAAGCAACAGCACAGCGUACACGUAUCUGAAGAGCGAGCCAUAUUCGACGCUUCAUCGUCGAUCACCGGAAGAGGACGUUUUCUCGGACGAUCACGCGAUGAAAGGUGAAUUGGCGGAGCUGAAGAGGAUCUGUGAAAGAAACCAGCAGCUUCUUCAGGAUCUGGUGGUAACGUUGGGGCCACCGGUAAUCGUGAUCAGCGAGGAAAUGCCGCGACGUUACUCGUUAACCAGCUUAAGAGAUCGUCGUCUAUCGUUCGACGAGAACGAUUACUGGAGAACGAUAGAAGGUGACGUUGAUGCGCGAGAAAAUGUCGACAAAACGACCACUCAGGCGAAUAUGAAACCGUUGGCGAGCCACGAGAGGAGAACCAGGCAUUACUCUUUGACCAGGUUGAAAAAUCGUCGUUCCUAUCUCUGCUUCGACGAGGACAAAGAUUUCACCGCGAAAACGGACAGCAAGGAGAUCGUCAACGACAAAACGAUGGAAACGUUGAGAUUACCGUUUUCGCCGAAUGGAAAAACGAAACACUGCUCCCUGUCGAAUUUGAACGAUCGAUCAAACGAUCUUCUCUCCACCAGAUUCGCACCGACUUUUAGAUCGGUCAGACAACAACGGCAAUCCAGCACCUCGGAGAAGAUCUCGAUCAACGAUACACCUCUGACCGCUUCUGCGAACGAUCACGUGGAAAUCGACGCAGGUACACCGCCACCGGUCGACGAGUCUCUCUUCUACGACAAUCUGGACGUGUUCAGGCAAGCGCAGGUCAACGACAACGAUCUGAAAUCGAUCAUGUGGUCCAUCGUCACCACCGCUGAAAUGAAGACGCUGUUCGAGCUGGAGAAAUGCAACACGCUACCGGAGAUACCAUCGGGAGAACGGAUAAGAAACAUCGCGUACAUGUGGUGCUGUUAUCGCGGUCUGACGCAUCUCCUACCGAAAUUCGAGCAAUCUGGCGUGAAUCUCGAUUACGUGGACCCGCGUACUGGCAUGAACGCCGUCCUGGCUGCGUCGUUGAGCGGUAACGUAGCGUGCAUCGAGCAUCUGAUAAAGAGAGGCGUCGAUAUCAAUUGCAGGAAUCCGAUCAAUCAUUACACGCCUCUUCACUUCGCUAUCCUCGGAAAUUCGCCGGACACGGUGCGCGUUCUUCUCGACAACGGCGCCAAGCCUACCACGUAUCUCUAUCAGGAGGUGGUCGAGCCAGUUCUCCACUGCGCCAUCAGAGCCGGAGCUGUGGAGAUAGUGAAGCUGUUGCUAGAUCGAGGGGCGAGUGUCGUCGAGAAGAAUCACACGGGUGAAACACCUUUGCACGUAGCGUGUUUCGUGCAAUCGUUGAAAUGCGUCGAACUGCUGCUCGAUACACCUGGUACGAACAUCAACGCGGUGGAUCGAGCGCACAGAACACCUCUUCACUUCGCCGUGAUGACCACGUACUCGUCCGCGAAGCUCGUGGAGGUUCUGUUGAAACACGGUGCUCUGGUGAACGCCGCGGACAGAACUGGCUUCACUCCUCUUCACGUGGCCGCACUGAACGAACAAUCUCACUGUGUCGACGUGCUGAUUUGGGCCGGUGCAGACGUUAGUGCAACCACCAGUGCAGGACUCUCCGCUUUGAACAUUAUACUGAGAAAGAUACCGGAGUCUCUGCAGGUGUUUCGACAAAGACUAGACGCCUCGAUAACGCUGAGAAGACCCGUACCUCACAACAGAGAGUUCGAGAUGAGGCUUCACUUCGAUCUACUGUUCCCCAGCGGCAAUCAAUGCGAGACCAGCUUCAUCAACACCUUCGUCCAAGAACGCCGUAAAGAUUUGCUGUCGCAUCCGUUGGUGAUGGCUUUUCUGCAUCUCAAGUGGGAGAAGAUCAGGAAGUUCUAUUUACUCAGGAUCAUGCUGUACGCGAUGACCGUGAUCUGCAUGACCACGUACGUCCUCACAGCGUUGGCCUACAAAUGUUACAACUACGACGAGGCGAACAGCUCGAAGAUAUGCAGCAGCAAACGUAUCUCCGGAUUUCUAUUCAGGCGGCCUGUGAUCGAGAUCCAAUGGUACCUGUUGUUCAUAUUCACCUGUAUCUCGAUACCUAGGAAGAUAUUCGGCUUCAUGGUGUACACGUCCGCGAAGCAGUACUUCUCCAACAUCGACAACGUACUAGACGGCGUUGUCAUAAUCAGCGUGUUCGUCACGUCGUUCGUUUACACAGGUCGUACGUACGAUUGGCAGAAUUACGUAGGAGCGUUCGCGAUACUGUGCGCCUGGACGAAUUUGAUGCUGAUGGUCGGUCAGUUGCCAGCAUUCGGCACGUACGUCGCUAUGUUUACCCAUAUACAAUUCGAAUUCGCCAAGCUUCUCCUCGCUUAUUCGGGAUUGCUGAUCGGUUUCACCGUCAGUUUCUGCGUCAUCUUCGUCGGAGAACCGUCCUUCGGUAAUCCGUUCACCGGUCUCAUCAAGGUCCUGGCUAUGAUGGCCGGUGAAUUGGACUUCGAAGGAUUGAUCACGCAAAUCGAUCAAGGAUUAGAAUCGGAAGGUCCAUUCGUUAUCUAUCAACCGUUGUCGGUUUGCUCUCAGAUUUUGUUCACCCUGUUCAUCGUGUUCGUCACGGUGAUUCUGAUGAAUCUACUGGUUGGAAUCGCUGUUCACGAUAUCCAAGGGCUGAGAAAUCACGCCGGUCUCACGAAACUUGUACGUCAGACGAAAUUGAUCUUAUUCACGGAGAUGGUGUUGCACAACAGCUCGAUUCCGUACGCCUUUCGUAAAUGGAUGUCCGACCAUAAGAUCAACGUGGAGAACCGGAGGAGGGUGUUGGUGGUGAAACCGUUGAACCCUUUGGAAAAGAGAUUGCCGAAAGAUAUACUGAAGGCGGCAUACGAGAUAGCACAGAAGAACAUACCGUUUAUGAACGAGGAUAACGUUAAUCUUAGCGAGCAUGUGAUAUGGAUGAGGCAACAGAGCGAGGAAUAUUCUGACACGAAUUUGCAACUAGUCAUCGAGAAUCUAGCGAACAAGCUACAGUCCUACGAGGACACUAUCAAGACGCUGAAGGAGCAACUGUUAGAUACUAAUAAAAUGCUGGAGAGUGUUGUGAAAAGUCUGGCGAAGGAAAAGAGUAACUAA